ACACGACAAACGUCUAAAGUUAAUUAGCUUACUUUUAUCAUAAUAAAGUUCCUUCGUCUCUCUAUGAGCAAUAACUACAACCAUUACUCAUUUUGAAUCAGCAGAAAAGCGCGCAUUUGAUGAAACCCGAGGAUCUCCUUCAGCAUCUUAGUCCCAGCCCCGUUCAGAAAUGCAGCCUCGGCUGCCCAAUUCUAGACCGCUUUCUCGGCGGCGGCAUUCCUUGCAAUUCAAUUACCGAAUUAGUUGCUGAAAGCGGCUGCGGCAAAACCCAAAUCUCCCUUCAGCUCCUCCUCUCCGCUCAGCUCCCCACUUCUCUUGGCGGCCUUUCUUCUUCCUCCUUAUACCUCUACUCCGAAUCUCCCUUUCCCCUCCGCCGCCUUCACCAACUCUCCUCCUCUUUCCCCACACUCCACAAUCCUUUAGGUAACAUUCUAACCCACCCUCUUCACUCUGCUCACCACCUGUUCGACGUAUUGUCCCAAAUAGACUCUUUAUUAUUAUCCCGUCCUCCUUCCUUUCCCCCUAUUAAGUUAAUAGUAAUUGACUCCAUUGCUGCUUUAUUUCGCUUUGAAUUUGAGAACAACGCGCGCGACCUUAAGCAGAGAUCGGGUUUAUUCUUCAAGAUUUCAAGCAAAUUGAAGGAGCAAGCUAGACGUUUUGGGUUAGCGGUAGUGGUAAUCAACCAGGUUGUGGAUGUAAUUGAUGAUUCUGAUGUUUUAAGGAUUGGGAACUCCACUUGCUUGUAUACAUCUGAGAGGAAAGUGUGUGCUGCGUUGGGUUUGUCAUGGGCUAAUUGUGUUAAUACAAGAUUAUUCUUGUCAAGAAAUGAAGAGAGAGUUGCUGAUGAAGAUUGCUUUACUACACAAACUCGGAGGUUUAUACGCGUUGUUUUUGCUCCUCAUCUGCCUGAUUCUUACUGUGAGUUUGUUAUUACUAGAGAAAAGGUUUUUGGUUUAGAAAGAUAAAACAUUGCUGGCUUAGUUAGUACUAUAGUAAAAAAGAAAAAGAUUUAUAUCAUGAAGAUGUCUGACCAAUCUUUCAAUUUAUACAAAAAAGCUGCCCUUGGCA